UUUUUCUCUCAUGUAUAUUGAAGAGUUUGAAACUGCUAUCCGUGUAUAUUGUGAUGGUCUAUUUGAAUAAUUUUUCUCUACAAACUGUCGUACAAAAACCCUUUAUUUCAACCUCCAAAGCCUGUCCCCAACUAGAUUCUUCCCUUGCAGUUAUAGCUAACCCCAUCGUCCAUAUUAUAUCUAAGCCUUUUUCACCCCUUCCUAACACACACAUACACAAAGUGAUCUCACAACCCCCUUUUGAAAUCAGAACUACAAAAGAUAUCUCUCUCUCCCUCUCCCUCUCCUUUCGUUUUCUCUCUGCAAAUCCAAAAUGAAGAGAAAAUGGGAAGACCCACAAGGAGAAAACUUCAAUUCUCCAACUGAUAAUAUCGAGCUCCAUCUCGAGACUCCAUUACCUUUGGAGUGGCAAAGGUGUCUAGAUAUUCAGUCAGGAGAGAUACAUUUCUUCAACACAAAGACUCAAAAGAGAACCUCAAUGGAUCCAAGAAGAAAUAAAUUAGAGGGUCCUACUACUACUCCUAGUAGAAGCCAUGUAAGUGAUCAUCAAGCCUUGAGCUUGGACCUGGAGCUCAAUCUAAAUUGUCAAUCAAAGAAGAAGAUCUUAAGCAAUAAUAAUGAUGAUACUGGAGGUUUGAUGAAAUUACAAGCAAAUAAUUAUGGGAUCAGUUGUCCAUGGCUAAGAUUUGAAAGAGAGCAACAAGAAAUGGUUGCAAGAGUUUGCAUGCAAUGUCAUUUAUUAGUUAUGCUUUUGAAAUCCUCACCUACAUGCCCAAAUUGCAAAUUCAUACACCCAAUAACAGAUCAUCAUCAGUACCUCCAAAAUAACCCUCCAACUACUACUACUACAACAACAACAACAACCUUCUUUUUACCUAAUUCUCUCCCUACUGAGAAUGAUAAUAAUCAUCAUCAUCAAACUGAGUCCUUAAAGAGUUUCUUCCCAAAUCCUAUUCAAAAUAAAGUUUAGUUAAUUUCUUUUCUUUUUUAUUAUAUUAUUCAUUUAGUAUUAUAAUUACAUAUAUACUGAAUUAUCAGGGAUAUAUGUUUAGAGGUAAAACCCCUUUUGUUUUUUGGAAAUGUGUAAUUAUAUAUAUAUGCAUAAAAAAAGAAUCAUUAUUGUUGUGUGAGAGAUCAAACCCAUUAGGUCAAGAGAGUUUUUCUUUUCUUUUUUAACAAUAUUCAAAAUGCAAGAAGGAUCGAGAAGUACAUCAAGACAUCUCACUUGGAUUGAUGAUAGUACCGUCGAGCAUCAUCACCGCAUUAGGGUUAAGAAAGUUGAAAUAUGAAUUAUGGUAAAUUUAGUUACAUAGAUGUUUCAACCUCUAACCUAUUACGUAUUAAUUAAUUUAAUUGAUUAUUAAUGUGACCCAUCAAAAUUUAAAGCAAGGUUUUCACUUCAUACGAAAAUAGAUAUUUUUUUUUUUUCUUAUAGUCUAAUGAUGUAAGAGAUAUGUGAAUUAAUUUGAAGCUACGUUUGGACCAAUAAUCAGGGGUUCAAAUUUUGGAAAGAAAAUAAAUAAUAAUGUGCAAGAGGAAAUGGAUAUAUAUUUAUGGUGUUUCAA